GGUGGUGGUGGUGGGGGAGCGGGGGUCGGUUGACGGAAGAUGGUGAAAGAUGACUUGUGUAUUACGAUUCCGAGCGAUUUCAGGUGUCCGAUCUCGUUAGAUGUGAUGAAAUCUCCGGUCAGUUUGUGCACCGGAGUGACGUACGAUCGUUCCAGUAUCCAGAAAUGGCUCGACAAUGGAAACAAUACUUGUCCGGCCACCAUGCAGGUUCUUCAAACCAAGGAGUUCGUCCCUAACCAUAAUCUCCACCGCCUCAUUCAGAUUUGGUCUGAUUCCCUUCGCCAACGACUCCACUCGCCUGAUUCCUCCCCUGUUUCUGACUCGGCUCUCUCCUCAGAUCAUGUUCUCCGCCUUCUCAAGCGCAUGGAGGACGAUAAAUUACGCGCUGAUUCGUUGUCGCGGCUUGUUUCUUUUGCAGCGCAAUCGGUGGAGAAUCGGAGGCUUCUUUGCGGAAUUGACGGCCUCGUGCCGGUUCUUGUCGAUCUUCUUGGCAAUGUCGAUGGCGAUGUUUUGAUUGCGCAGACAGUACGGCUGUUGCAUUUGAUUCGGAAUGAGAUUGAGGAUAAGGAGCGGUUUGCGAAGACGAUGUUGAAAAGCGAUCGUAAUUGUAUUUCGUCUCUGCUUUUGAUUCUGAGGAAAGAAACCGUCGAAUUGAAAAUCUGUUCAGUUAAUCUGUUAGAGCAUCUCGCAAUCGACGCCGAGGCGAAGAUUGCAAUCGCGGAAACAGAUGGAUUGAUGCAAGAUUUGCUGAAAUUAAUGAACUCUGAGAACGAUUCAGCCCUAAUCGAAUCGGUUCUAUCGUGCCUAAUUUCAAUUUCAAUGCCGAAACGGAUUAAAAUCAAAUUAGUCCAUCUCGGAGUGAUUAAAUCGGUAACGAAGCUUCUCUCGGAACCGAACUCGAGUUCGAGCAUUUCGAUGACGGAGAAGGUUCUGAAAGUACUGGAAACGGCAUCGACGGUGAGGGAAGGGAGGACGGAGAUCGGAGAGGACUCCGCGUGCAUAGCGGCAAUAGUACAGAAGGUGUUGAAAGUAUCGAACACAGCGACGGAGCACUCAGUGACAACGCUGUGGAGCAUUUGCUAUCUGUUCAGAGACGAGAAGGCAGCGGAAGCGCUGACGAAGGCGAACGGAUUGACGAAGAUUCUGCUGUUGAUGCAGAGCAACUGCUCGGCGCCGGUCCGGCAGAUGGCCAGAGAUCUGCUGAAGAUUUUCCGGAUAAAUUCCAAAUCGUGCCUGUCGAGUUACGACACGAAAACUACGCAUAUCAUGCCCUGUUGAUGUUCUUCAUGUUCUUCAUGUUCUUCAUCCAUUCUCAACCAUUUCGAUUUCUCUCUGUAAGUUAUUAUGAAGAUCUGAGGAAGAGAUUUUACUCUUUUUUCUUCCGUUUGUAAAUCAAAGAAAUUUUGUCAUUCAAUACAAACAAAAUUAUUCCAUUUUCAA